AAAUACUCAAUUUUCUGGCUAAGUGUUGCCUUCCCUAAAAGAAAAAAACCCACCUUAAAACUGAAUUCUGCAGAAUUCGUUACAUAUUGCCAAAUCGUGAGAAGGGCGAUCAAGCGAAGGUGUUUAAUUGGUUUUCUCAUUGAAUUCGAUCUGAUUCAAUCAUACCGCAGGUUAGGCAGGUAAAUGAAUUGGAUGCAGAUUGUGGAGUUUGACCUAUGUUCAUAAGGGGAAACGUCGAUUAUAUUAGGUUAGCUUAAAUUAAUUUUCCCUGAUUUAGUUCAGCCAAUCAACCAAUCGAAUAUGGAAGAUGGAAAGAGGGUUUCGAAGGCCAAGUCCAAAUUCGUGGCAAUUGUGUUUCUUGCUUCUUCGUAAUGGCAUAACCGUCUCUGUUUCUUUUUUUUUUUUGUUGUUGUUGUGGAUUACAUUACAGGGAAUUGAAAAGAAAGGGUUUUUAGACAAUUUCUUCUACGCCUCCAACCGAAACGCUUUUGUAGGGAGAAAAUGGAUCAUGCUCCUGCUCGCUACCCUCUUCAGCGAGGAUGGGAUAAUAACAGCGCUCUUGAGGGGUUUUCUGCUGUUCCUGUACCCAAUUACCGGGUCCGUGGUUCUUAUGAUGAGAGGAGAUUUCUAGAUGAAAGAUAUUCCAGGGAUAGUUUUUACCCAAGAAGUACCUGCCACCAUUAUUUUCCAGAGAGGGAUAAUCAUUCCCCUCCUGCUGCUGCUGGUGUCUGGUCUCAAUCAAGGGAGAGAAGUUAUGAGGAAGAAUAUCCCCGUGAUGAGGAUUUUAGGCAUCAUCAGAAGCUUUAUGUGGAUUCAUAUAGGGACAUGGAUACAUAUUGUGAUCAUGAGAUCGCUUUUCAAGAUUUUGAUAAGUUUCAGGAUGGCUAUCGUGGUGUUGACAACAUCCGUGAUCAUGAAUUUGGCAGGCCCUCUAGGUAUGGGGGGCGAGAUUGGGAAGACUACUCAUAUGAUUAUUAUGAUUAUAGGCCUCACAUUUCUCAUCAGAGCAGGGACAACAGCCGUGAGAGGAAUUAUGAAUAUAGUCGAAAUAGUUAUGAUUCUUGUCAUAAAAGAGGCAGUUGCAGAGAUGGCAGUUGGAGGAAGCGUCAAUCACGUGAUCGAGAUUGUUUCAGUAGAGAAAGAGAUCAGGGUCCACAUAAAAGGCAUGAGAGGUCUUGGUCACGAUCCCGUGGAUGUGAUGAUCGUCCAAGAUCAAGGUCACCUCGAGUUUGGAGCCAUGGGCGAAGCCAUAGAGAGGACAGCUAUGAUAAUUAUCAAAAUGAGAAAACUCAGAAGCAAAGGGACCGAGAAGGGAAAUAUCAGCUGGAGCAUUAUUCUGUGGCACCAUCUGCAACUGUUGUUGUAAAGGGUCUAUCGCACAAAACGACGGAGGAAGAUCUUUGCCAGAUUCUUGUAAUAUUUUUUUGUUGUUUUCUUGGGGGUUGUAUAUUAUUAUUCUGUCACUUGUUAUACAUAAAUAACAGUUUUUCAAUUUUAUAUGACCAUAAGGCUGAAUGGGGCCCACUUCGUCAUGUUCGUGUGAUCAAGGAGCGAACCUCUGGCAUUUCUUAUGGAUUUGCUUUUAUUGAUUUUCCUUCAGUGGGGGCAGCACGCUCAAUGAUGGACAAGAUUGGUGAUGAUGGUCUUGUUGUGGAUGGUAGGAAGCUUGUCUUUGAUUACAGUAGUAAGCCAACUGGGGGCACUGGUGGACCUUCUGCUCGUAAUAAUGCUGUGAAAAUGGGUCACUCAAAUCAUAAGAGCACCACAUUACGGUCUGAUUGGAUGUGCAAAAUUUGUGGAUGUGUCAAUUUUGCACGUCGAACUGCAUGUUUUCAGUGUAAUGAGCAACGUACUGAUGAUGCUCCAGUAGCUGACAUAUCUUUAACUGGAAAGAGAGGAUCUGAUUCAGUAGGUCCUACCCAUGUAUUGGUUGUUCGUGGAUUGGAUGAAAAUGCUGAUGAGGAAAUGCUUCGUUACGAGUUUUCUAAAUAUGCCCCAAUUAAGGAUCUUCGCCUUGUUAGAGACAAGUUCACCCAUGUUUCAAGGGGAUUUGCUUUUGUACAUUACCAUUCGGUUGGUGAUGCCACAAAAGCCCUUGAAGCCACAAAUGGGACAACCCUUGAGAAGAAUGGGCAAAUCUUAAGAGUAGCAUAUGCAAGGAGCAUUAUUGGGCCAAGAUCAGGGACAUUGGGAUCUUUACAGUCAAGUAGCCUUGCAGCUGCUGCAAUUGAGGCAGCAGCUUUUUCUCAACAGUAUGAUGCUGUUGGAUGGACAGCAAAGGAAUAUAACCCAGAUGACAAACAGUCUACUAGCUGGCAGGAGCAGGUUGGUGGUUCAUUUGCAGUUGAACUGGACCAUUCAGCUUUGCAUUCUGGAUUUGUGUGGGAUGAAGCCUCUGGUUAUUACUUUGAUGCUGCUUCUGGGUUUUACUAUGACAGGAAUACAGGCCUUUAUUAUGACAGUAACAGUGGGACUUGGUUUUUGUACGACCCCCAAUCCCAGCAGUACAUCCCUUGCAGUGAUCAGAAUGACAAAAUAAUACCUGGUAAAGAAUAUGAGCUUUCUAGAGAAGGUGAUGGUUCCAGUAAUUCAAAAGUAAUAACAUCUGCACCAGCUGCUAUGGUCACAUCAGUUGAGAAGGCAGCCUCACUACCAGAUGCGGUUGAAGCUGCAGCAGCAGCAGCACUGGCUGCAGAGAAGAAAGAGAAGGAGAAAUCAAGAGAGAUAAAACUUGCUUCAAAGAGUAGUAUACUGGCUAAUAAGAAGAAGAUGAAUAAUGUGUUAACCAUAUGGAAACAGAGGAGUCAUGAAGGGAAGGCAUCCCAAUCAGGUCUUAAUGACAAUCACCUGUCUGCUUCAUCUGAAGAUAGGCCUCUUUCAGCUGAACAACAUGCAAAAAGCAAGUAUAAAUUUGAUAUGAUGGACCUGAAGGAGGGUGAUACAAGAAGUUCAGGAGUCAAUACAACUGCCCAAGCUACAUCAACAUGGGGUUUGGGGUCUCCAGUCAAGCCAAGGCCUAUAAAUAACAGCUCAGGGGGGAAUUUAAUGGGAGUAAUAAGAGGUUCUGCAAGGGGCCUGGUGAAAUCUGAUAUUCCAUUUCCCAGAUCAUCUGCCAGGGUUUCAACCUCUUCAGCUGGUGGAGUUGCAGAGGGUUCAUUGUCAUCAACUUCGGAUCCUGCAUCUAUGACUCCCUUUAGGACUGAUGCAUCUGCAUCGGGUUCUAUUGCACCUUCAACUACAACUGGGAGUGGUAAAAGAAGGUUUUCUGAAGCACCAGUGCCUCCCACUACCAACAAGGAGCAGUCUCAAACCACUUAUAGGGACCGUGCAGCUGAGAGGAGGAACUUGUAUGGUUCAUCAUCUUCCACCACUGAUGAUCUACCUGAUGAUCAGUUCUGGAAUUCAAAUCCAAUGCCUUUCCCACCUGGAGUUGGUGGUGGACAGGGGGCUGUAUCAGAUGAUGUACAAAGUUUCGAGGUCAUCACAGCAAAGAAAGCAAUUGAUGAGAACAAUGUGGGCAACCGAAUGCUCCGCAGUAUGGGUUGGCAUGAAGGAUUGGGAAUGGGGAAGGAUGGAAGUGGAAUGACAGAAGCAGUUGAAGCACAGGGAAUAGAUAAAAGUACAGGACUUGGAAGUCAGGUGAAGAAGUUGGACCCCAGCCUUGAGGUGCAAGCUGGCGAUAAUUACAAAACUGUGAUUAAUAAGAAAGCACUUGCUAGGUUCCAACAAAUGUCAUAGGUUGGAUCACACAGAUGUGGACAGUGGAAAAUGUAAGUCUUUGUUUAUAAACAUAGUUUGAAAUCUUUAGGUUUGAGAUUAUAUUUCAUUUGUCUGGAUGAAUGGAGUUUGUUUCUCUAAGCCCUUAGAUCAUCUUGAUAAGGUAUAUGUACAAAGACACAUGAAUCCCCAUGUUUAUAAACUUAAUUUGGAAAAA